AUGCUCAAAAAGCACCAAACGCCGAUAUGGGCGGUUGCAGGUGGGAAUCUCAACUAUGCCUUUGCUGUACGAGAUGCUUCCGGCAAAGGCGUUUUCGUCAAGCAAGCGCCGGACUACAUCAAGGUGCUGGGACCGGAUGCGGCCCUCACACGCGAGCGCAUGCGACUGGAGGUGCAGGUCUAUUCGGAGUGGACGCGAAGCCCCGAUGCUGCUGCAUAUUUCCCGCGGGUGUGGAAGUUCGAUGAAGACUCCAUGGCCUUUAUCAUGGAGCUCUUGGACAACCACGAGCUUCUGCAGAAGCAUUUGUUUCAGGGCCAUGUUGUAGAGGCUGCGGCGAGAUCUUUGGGCGAUUGCAUGGCACAGAUGCAUAGCAGGACUCACUGCUCAAAGAUUUCUGGCGAAGAGUGCCAGCGCCUCUCCAAAGCCUACGAGAACCGCUUGAUGCGCGACAUUCAGCUGGAGUUUGUUUUCUCCAAGUGCUACCGAGAAGAUGAGCGAGCAGAGCACCUGCGCAGCGACGCAUCUUUCAUGUCGCUCCUGGAAACAAUCAAGGAAAUCUACAAUGGGAAGAACACCGGCAACUUGGCGGUCUGUCAUGGCGACCUUCAUGCCGGGAGCAUCAUGGCCACUUCAACGCACCAAGAUCGAUGGGUUUCUGGCUUCCGGGAGGGUGUGCUAUGUUUUGCCUGA